AUGACUGAUAGAAAGGCUUGGAAUUAAAAAGUAUAUAACUUAAGAUUCAUUUAUUUUAGGAAGACAUGGUGAUUCUAUAAUUAGUAAAACAGUAUGGAAUAAAGAAGUGGACAAUUGUAGCUGAAAAAAUGAAAGAAGUUUAUGGACUAUUAGGAAGGUCUGGAAAAUAAUGUAGAGAACGUUAUCAUAAUCAUCUUGAUCCAACUAUCAAUAAAGAGCCUUGGAGUGAAAAUGAAGAAAAAGUGAUAUUUGUUGCACAUAAAGAACAUGGCAAUAAGUGGGUAUUAGAAAAUGUUGAAUUAAUUUUUAGGCAGAAAUUGCAAAACUGUUACCUGGACGAACAGAUAAUGCAAUAAAAAAUCAUUUCUAUUCUACUUUAAGAAGAAGUCUAAGAAGAAUCAAUAAACUUAUUGGAGACAAGAACAGUAAUUCGCAUGAUUAUAUAUUUAGCAAAGAAAAGGGUACCCAACAGAUCAAGGAUAUUAAACCAGGUGUCUUGUCUAAGAUUUUUAUACUUGCAGAAAAGAACCCAGCUGAAUUAAAAGAUGAUCAUAUGAAAAAGUUAUGUUAAGCUUGUAAAGGAUUAUAAGACUCCAUCUUAGAAUUUGCUUAAUCUAAAUAGAAAUCUCAAAUAAAUCAAUUCAAUGAAGACAAGUUCAAAUAACUUAUAGAUAAAAUUAUGGAAUUUAAGUAUUUUUUAUCAUUUAAUAUAAGUACUCUUUAUACAAAAUAAAGAGAAAGUAGAUUAAAAUUAAAGAAGAAAAACCAUAAAAAGAGAAAAAGCAGAAUUGAUGAUGAUGAAGAUGAUGAUGAUUAUACUAGUGAUUAUAAAUACGAAGAAAUAAGUAACUAUGUUCCUCUUAAGAGAUCUUCUAGAUUAAAUGCAAAAAAGAAAGUGGUAGAAUUUCCAUUAUAUUAAAGCAUAUUGAUAAAGAAGAUUAUAUAGAUAUAUGUAUUAGAACUAAAAAAGGUCCACUAUUCAAUAUUAUUCGAGAUGAAUUCGAAAUCCAACAGGAUAAUGAAGAAGUAAAUUCCUUUUUUAAUUAUUUUAUAGUAAUAAUCAUCUAACAAUUAUCAUUAACAAUACAUUUUUGAUUAUUAAGGAAAUAAUAGUCCUAAUAAUCAUUAAAUGACUCCAGCUUUCUCUGUAUUAACACCAAGACAGAUAUUCUUUUAGAAACCUAUAAUUCAAUAUUAAGAAGAAUAAGGUUUGUAAGAUGAUAAUCCAGUAAGUAAAUAAAAUUUUGUACCAAUUGUUAUAACCAAACCUUAUACUUAAUGUAAAGAGAAAACACUUGAUACCAUUGCUUAUCAAUUACAAUAAAAAAUUAGUAAAUUAAAAAAUUAUAUAUAGAUGCCAAUGCUGAUAAAUAUAUAUUUAAUUAAUUAGCUACUUAAGAUUCAGAUUUAGAAAUAAAUAUAGGAGAUGCUUUUGAGGUUUAAAAGGAUUAUAAAUCACCAACUAGUAAAUUUGGUAUUGGUGGAUAUAGUCCAAGUGCAUUUAGAAAGUAUAAAAAAGAUCAGGAAACUGGUUUAGUUAAUUUCAUGGCUACACCUCACAAUUAUAAAUGA